CAAGAAGACCUUUGCGAGGCGGCACGUCUGAUCUUUGGCUACUCACCGCGAGCCUGGCAGAUCUCGGCUGCCGUGAAGUUGCUGGAGGGCCGGGACGUUAUGUUGGUGGUAGGAACGGGUGCGGGGAAGUCCAUGGUUUUUGCACUGAUGGCUAUUGCUAUCACACUGUCAAGGGGAAAGGGGUUAGUCAUUGUCAUAUGUCCUCUUAAAGCGCUGCAGCUUGAUCAG